AAAAAUUAAUAAUACCAGAUAAUCAAAAUCUAACCAAUAUAGAGGGUUUGAGUUUUAAAUCAAUUAAAAAUCUUAACCUAACUAAUUCUCCUUAUGUUUCUUUUGCUGAAAUCGGAGAACAAAGGAAACUAAUUUUAACUGAAAAUAUUCAAACUCCUAAGCAAGCUGAAGAAGCAAUCAGAAGAUUGCUCAAAGAAAUUAGUCAAGAAUGGCGAGAAUAUUUCGAAAGUGAAGAUCUCGAUAUUGCUGAACAAAAACCUUUAUUAGGUUCAAGUUUUAAAUAUGAAGACAAAAAAAGAAAAGGCAAAGAAAUCUUGGAAGGAGAAUACAAUACUGCUUAUGAUUUCGACAGUUCUCUUUUUGAUUUAAUGGAGUACUUGAAAAUCAAAGACAAAAAAGAAGCAUUAGAACAGUUGGAAGGAGAAGAAGAGUUAGAAGAAACUGAAGUUACUAAGCAGACUCUAUUUGCAGAAAUAUUAAGUACUUAUUUACCUGAAAAUAGAAUUCAACAAAAAUUAGGUGAUGUUCAGCAAGCAGAAUUAGAAUCUAGACAAGUUGAUUAUGAUCAAAAAACUGAAAAUUUAAACAAUUGGACUAAUACUUUUACCGGACAGACUUUUAAUGAAAUCGCUCAUGAAGUUAGAAAAUCAACUGAUGAUACCCAAGAACAAUUGGUUAGUACCGAAACCGAAUUAAAAGAUAAAAGAGAAGAAGUUGAUAAAUUAACUGGUGAGUUAGAAAAGACCAACAAAUUGUUGAAUGGUUGGACUAAUACUUUUUUAGAAAAAGAACCACAAGGACUUAAAAUUGAGUUAGAAGAAUUAAAAGAAAAGGAAAUCAAAUUAGAAGAGUGGAAUAAAAAUUGA